GUCAUCCCUCAAUCCCUCAUCCACUACUCCCACUCCGGCAAACCUCCGCCGUCCCCACCACCACCCCCAACCUUGGCCCCACUCCCCCUGCAAAUAUACCCCGUUCCCCACUCCUCCUCCCCCUCUUUAUUAGCCUUCAUCCGUAUCUUCUCCUCCCCUGCAAAUCCCCUCCUUUCCCUUUCGCUCGAGAUAUGGCUGCUGUUAAGGAAUCCUUGCCGGAUUUCUCGCUGCCGUCGGAUUUUUUCUCCGACAGCGACGUUUUCCCGGAGAAAUACCGGAAGACUGACACUGAUAUCUGUUUCCCGGCCGAGUUCCCGUAUGACCUCUGCUCCUCCCCGGCCGGAUCUGCCGAGAGUGACGACGACGAGUUUCUUUCCAGUUUGACCCGCCGGCUUACUCUGUCUUCUCUGCCGGAGGACACUCUGAACUCCUUCUCCUCCUGGAAAAAUCACUUUGAGGCAUGGCUGCUCUCGGGGUCGCCGGAGAAGACUUCGAGAAGGGAAAGAAGCUGGUCGGGUCGGAGCACCGGCACACCGAACGGGCCCUCGCAGAUAUCCUCUCCCACUACGCCGCUCGGAUUUAAGAAAGAUUCGUGGGAUCUGAUACUCCAGGCCGCCGGUCGAGUUGCGGCGCUGCAAAUGAGGGCCGGAGAGGAAUCUCUGUUCGAUCACCGUCUUCCGGGCCAUCGGACUUUUCCCCUGUUCUCGCCGCCGCCUCACAAAGCUAGAGGAGUUGGGCCGUUUGUUUCUAGCAACGCCGCCUCCUUGCAGGGCAGGGCAGGUACUAUGCCAUACGGCGGCGCCGGCGGCCCUUGCGUCGGCGGAGUGAAGAGAGAGCGUUCUGGGACCGGCGUUUUCUUGCCGAGGCCAUAUGGAAAUGACACUAGUACCCAUCGGUAUCCUAUGAAUUCCGGCCGCAACAAAGCAGGUUUCUGCCCAAAUGCUAGGGUUGUUCCUUCUACACCCAACAACUUUCGCGACAUCAAUGGCGCUACUCAACCUCGUCUAAAGACCAACUUUGUUUCGGAUUAUGAUGUGAUGCUUGCAAGAAGGAAUGCCGCACUGCUCGCGCAAAACAAGAAAGACUUUCGCCCUGAAGUAAUGCUUCCCCAGGAAUGGACCUAUUGACACUGCUGAGUUUUUUUAACAAGAAGUGGUUUUUUAGGAGAAUAAUUAGUUGAUCAAGUACCUAAAUAAAUAGUAGAUGCAAUAACAAAUCUUGGGGUUUUAAGGGUUAAGAGAAGGAAAAGAUGAGAUUUUUUAUGAUAUUCUUUUGGGGUUUUAUUAAGGUUUCAGAAACAUAUUCUGAAAGGGUUUGGUUUCUUUGCAUUUUUUGGCAAAGGACAGCAGAAUGAGGAAUAUAGUUAGGAGUUAUUAUUGAUAAGUGGAUUAAUUAAGAUGUGAUUUUCUUUGUUUUCUUGUUUUUUUGGUGGAGUAUUAAAUAAAGUGGGUUUAAAGCAGACAGGCAGAGCCAUUCCUUGUACUGAAGUGUUAAAUGGUUAAUAAGAAAAAAUGGUUACUUUU